AUGUCAGUCACCUUACAAACCACACUUGGAGAUAUAAAGAUUGAACUUUAUUGCGAUUUGUGUCCAAAAACGUGCGAGAACUUUUUGGCUCUUUGUGCUAGUGGAUAUUAUAAUAACAAUAUUUUCCAUCGAAAUAUCAAAAGUUUUAUGGUACAAACCGGUGAUCCAACCGGAACUGGCAAAGGUGGUAAUAGUAUUUGGGGCACACCUAUCGAAGACGAAUUUCACUCUUCGUUGAAGCAUAGUGAGCGAGGCGUUGUGUCUAUGGCCGGGAACGGCCCUAAUACAAGCAGAUCGCAGUUUUUUAUUACGUACGCAAAACAUCCGUCGUUGGAUUUAAAAUACACUAUUUUUGGGCGAGUUAUUGAUGGGUUUGACGUUUUGGAUGAACUUGAAAAUGUCAAGGUUGACGCUAAAUAUCGGCCAGUUAUUGAACAACGAAUUCGGAAAGUUAUCAUCCAUGCAAAUCCCAUCGCGGAAUUGGCUGUUAAUUCAUAG